CUCACAGCCAAAACCUUCUGUACAUUUCUCUUCCUGUAUAUCUUCAUAUAUAACUGCCAAUUUCUUUCAUUCUUCAUUGAUUUUGAAUUUUCUAAGAGACAUGUCAACCGAAGCAGGCAUUGUGGUAGAACCGAUUAGAUGGGGCUCCGGCCGAUCGUUGCCGGGGUCAGCACCGGGAUCGGCGCCGGGGUCUCCGAGGAAUAGGGUCAAAUUUCUGUGCAGUCACGGUGGGAAGAUUCUACCCAGGCCUGCCGACGGCCACCUGAAGUACGCCGGCGGCGAGACCCGCGUCAUCUCUGUUCCUCGGGACAUUAAGUUUCCUGAACUUAUGAAGAAGCUUACCUAUCUGAUUGAAGGGGAGAUGGUUCUCAAGUAUCAGUUAAUCCCCGAGGACCUCGACGCUCUGAUCUCUGUAAAGUCUGAUGAGGAUCUCAGACACAUGCUUGAUGAAUGUGAUCGUUAUGAAAGCACAGGAACCCCGAGGCUUCGAGCCUUCCUGUUCCCAGCAAACUCUGUUGUAAUUGAGAAUCUAACAGGGUCACUUGAGCAGCGGUACGUUGACGCCAUCAAUGGAAUUCUACGCCCUUCGGCAUUGUCUGGCAUGAAACACUUGUCUAUCAAUGCAAAUCUUGCGCCUUACAACUUCCCUUCCACCUGCUCAUCGCCGAUAUCACCCGAGAGUUGCACCACUGAGGCUAUGCACCCUGAGACUGUACUGCUGAAUGGCUACCAAAAUGGGAGAAUUCAUAUGCAGAGAGUCCAUAGCUCUCCUAGCCUAUGCAGCCUUAAUGGCCAACACCAUAGCAAUCAGCAUAUCCAGCAGCAGCACAACCAUUAUUACCCGAAUUACCGGCAAUCCCAACCCCAUGGCUGCCACUUGAGCAAACCACCGAUAGAUUCUCAUAAAGGCGGUGGACCUGAACGGUUCAUGACGGUCAGGUCAGUUGGCCGAGCCGACAGUGCAAGGUACCAAGUGGACCAUCCCCCCCAUGUCUAUUAUUCUUCUACUAGACCUAGCAAGGGGAGUGGAUGCUGCAACAAAUGUUCACAAUUUGAUGAAUGUGGUCCUUCUUGUACAGAGAGAAGGUUUGACAGAACUGGCAGUUUUUCUCUAAGUCCCUCUUUUCCCCUUAGUCCCCACUAUGGCCAUGUGGGAGUUAGGGCGUGGGACAGCGCCAUGCCCGGGGACAGCUGAAUUGACUAGCUCAAAAUGCUACAACUUGGUUUUUACUAGCAGAAAAUACAUACGUUUGGUCCAUCAUUUGCCUCUUACUCAGUUGUUCAGUGGCAUUGGAAGUGUUGGAGGAUUCGACUUUGUGAAGAAGUAUCAUCAGAUAGUUUGUACAUAUAAUUGCAGAACACUGAAUUGUAACUUUCUUGCAG